GAUGCAUUAAAGAUACCAAGCCGUCGUCUGCUACGAGACAGUAAAAAUAAUCCCUUAAACUUACCGAAUAGUGGUAGAUUUACAAAUCAUAUCAUUAUGUUAUUUAACGAUGGUCUUGUCCACGCUCAAAACUCGACUUUUACCCAUCACCCUCUAAAUACGGUAUGGAUAGAAUCUCAUAGUUCUGAGGCAGAACAACAAAAUGUAAUAGUCGUGACUACACCAGAAGAUACUCUGACAUUGGUUGCUAACACACCAGAAGAUAAGGCUGAUUGGUUCAUGACGUUGAAUUCCACCAUUAACAAGAAUCUACAUUGUGAUAAGAUAAUGAGACAGAACAGCUCUGAACGCCUAACACCACCUCUAAUACGCCACGUCACUUAUACCUUUACUAAACAUUGUCAAUAUAAAGAUGCUCGAUACAUUGGAUUUAUGUUAAAUGGUAAAAUGCAUGGACAAGGGGAAUUAGUAUGGUCUGAUGGAAGAACAUAUUAUGGUAAAUUUGGUCAGGGACUUCAACAAGGACAUGGAAAAUAUACUAUACCAACUGAAGAUGGUCUAGAAAUACAGGAAGGUAAUUGGAAAGAUGGUAUGUUAAAUGGAUAUGGUACAAUCAAGUAUGCUACUGGAGAUAUAUAUAAAGGGUAUUUUAGAAAUGGUAUGAGAUAUGGACAUGGCAUAUAUAACGAAGGUCAACAUAUGUCCCACUCUGCUAGUAUAUUUAUUGGAGAAUGGGUGGAGGAUAAACGCCAUGGUUACGGAGUCCAAGAUGACAUCCUAAAAGGAGAGAAGUAUAUGGGAAUGUGGCAAGAUGACUAUUGUAAUGGUAAAGGUGUAGUGGUAACAUUAGAUGGAAUGUAUUUUGAGGGAAAUUUUGUUUAUGGGAAACUAACUGGAUUUGGUCUAAUGUUAACAGAUGAUAAUAGUUGUUACGAAGGAGAAUUUCAAGGUGUUACACAGCUACAAGGCAAGGGUUGUUUGACUCUACCAUCAGGUGAUAAGAUACAAGGUGUGUUUAAUGGAAGCUGGAAUGAAGGUUUAAAGAUUAAUGGAAUGUUCAAUAAAUCUGAUCAUGUUUUAGCUGGAAGUAAACCUAAAUCUCAUAUAAUGUAUGGGAAGCUGUCUGUCCCCGCUGAUAAAAAAUGGAAUGAAAUAUUUAAACAUACGCUAGCUCUGUUGGGCUAUUUAGACAGUAAGAAAAAUCCGAACAAAGCUUGGGAAGUUGUAGCGGUUCGACUGACACAGGGUCAAAAGGUCAUUAAAGAAUUAGAGAGAAGAUCGCCAUCUAAAGCCAGGACAUUAUCAUCAAGUUUAGAGAGUCUACAAACUAUACCACCAUAUAAUACUGGUGUUUUAUCUAUAGAGAGUUACCAUAAAAUAUUACAAUAUCUUACUAAGGCGUUUGAUAACCCAUACCAUCCUGCUGGUAAUUUAAUAGAUUCUAUAGUGGAUGUAUUUCGUGCAGCUUAUAUUGGUAUUGGUGCUCAUCCAAGAUUAUUACACCAUGCGGUACAGGAGAUUAAAUCAUAUGUGAAGAGAAUGUAUGUGGUUGUGAGACUUCUAUUCCCGGACUUACCUUCACAUACGGGACCAGUUCAUAUUUACCCAGAAUCUUCUAGUAAAACUAAAGGUAUCCCGACAUCAACAGAAUCAGCUGAGAAUUUUCUACGCAAUGAUUCAGAAGAAGAACCCUAUGAAGUGAUAUCUGCUGCUAGUCUGCUGUACCCUAUAUUAUUACCCAAGAUUUAUCCCCCUUUGUUUGACCUGUAUGCACUGUAUAAUGAUAAAGAUGAUGAACAGUGCUGGGAGAGAGUAACAAAGUUAAAUAGACAGGGUGAUAUGGCUUUAAUGGCUUACCUCGGAAUUGAAGAACGGUUCUGGUUAAUGAAAGAAAUUCUACUUCAAGAUAAAAGCCAGAAAUUAUCAGCUCCUAGAGAUCAGUGUUAUGCCUCAGCUGUUGAAACAUUACAACAAUUAAGUACUGCCUUCAGUCCUAUAGAGAAAUUAAAAGUCAUAGAAAAAACAUUUGAAGAAAUUACAGAGACUGUCCAAGCUUCAUUAAAAGAUGAUCAUGUUUGGUGUAUGGAUGAUUUGUUUCCCAUCUUUCAAUUUGUGGUGGUCAGAGCUAAAAUCCGCCAUCUUGGAGCUGAAGUCCACAUGAUAGACGAUCUGAUGGAAAGUCAUUUAGAAUUUGGUGAACUUGGUAUGAUGUUUACUACACUUAAGGCCUGUUAUUUCCAAAUCCAGAAUGAAAAACUACGCCAUUAA